GAGAAGCAUUCAGGCUACCCCCGACCAUAUCUGGAGGUUUCUUCCUCCAUUAUUAUUAACAAACUUGCCAACAUCCAUUCAACACCCCAUCAACCGAAUCGGCAAGAGCAUAUCGAACAAUCAGAACCCACCAUGUCGUCCUCACUACCCUGGGACUACAUCGCAAAGCUAGUAUGCAUCGGCGACUCUGGCUGCGGUAAAUCCUCGCUCACCAUCCGCCUCUGCGAAGGCCGCUUCGUCACCCACCACGACGUGACCAUCGGUGUCGAAUUCGGCUCACGCAUCGUCCCCGUCGGUCCUCCUCACAGCAACCUUGAUUCCCAACAAUCACAACAACAACAACAACAACAACAACAAGCAUCCUCCACAACCACCCUCACCUCAGAUCCCACAACAACAACAAUACCAAACACUACAACCUCCUCCUCCGGGGGCCUCCCCCCACCGCCAAUAGCCGCCAAGCCCUCCUCUUCUUCUUCUUCAGCAUCCGACCCCCCUGUCCCGCAAAAACACAUGAAACUCUCCCUCUGGGACACGGCCGGCCAAGAAACCUACAAAUCCGUCACGCGCUCCUACUUCCGCGGCGCCUCGGGCGCCCUCCUCGUCUUCGACCUCUCGCGCAAACAGACGUUUGAGCACGUAACCGACUGGCUGAACGACCUUCGCGCCAUUGCCGAGCCGGACAUUGUGGUGAUCUUGGUCGGCAACAAGGCCGAUCUUACAGAAGCAAACGACGAAAACGAGGGAGAAAACAACAAGCGAGAAGUAACGAGGAAAGAAGCGGAAGAGUGGGUAAGGAGGAAUGGAGUGCUCGAGUACGUGGAGACGAGCGCCAAGAGCGGGGAGAACGUCGAGAAGGCGUUCAUGAGGGUGGCCGAGAGGAUAUACCAGAAUAUUCAGGCGGGAAAGUACGAUUUGAAUGAUAGACGGUCGGGGGUAAAGGGGCCUAGUGCUGGGUUAGGUGGAGGCGGCGCAGGAGGGGGAGGGACGCAUGUGAAGUUGACGGGGGAUAAGGCGGGCGGUUAUGGAGGGUGUUGUUGAGUGAAGGUAGCCCCUUGAGGAGGAGAAGGUGGAGGAGGAAAGCAAAGAGGGACGAAUCAAAUACACAUGAGAUACGAUCAAAACCUUUCAUGGGAAUGCGAAA